AUGUCUACUGAGGAUCAGUCGCUCCUUGAGCGCGUCGAGGCGCCCAGCAUCCCUGAGUCUGCUAUGAAGCAGAUCGCCAUUCUGGAGGAGCAGUUCGCUCGCGCUGAGGUUGAGCAGACCUCUGAUCAACAAGCGCGCCGAGAUCAUCAAGAUGCCCGAGGUGCAGGCCGAGUUCUGGAUGCGCGUGUUCGCCAGCGCUCCCCCGAGAUUGACGAGUACAUUCUGUCCGACGACGCCGCCGUCCUGGGCGAGGCCCUGACCAACAUGACCGUUGAGCGUUUCGAGCUCGACGCCCAAGGCAACGGCGAGCCCCGCUCCCUGCGCUUCAUCUUCGAGUUCAAGACCGGCGAGGAGAACCCCUUCUUCACAAACGACAAGCUCGUUAAGGACUUCUACUGGCGCCAGGAGGUCACCAAGAGUUCCUCUGGCCGAACCCGCACCUGGGAAGGUCUCGUCUCCGAGCCCGUGCGCAUCAACUGGAAGAAGGACAAGGACCUGACCCGGGGUCUUCUUGACGCUGCUUGCGACCUUUGGGAAGCUGAGAAGAAGAAGGGCGGUGACCGCAAGAAGCUGCCAGAGUUCGCUGCCCUCGUUAACAAGAUUGAGGAGGCUGCCGAGGCUGAGGACGCCGCUGAGAAUGACGAUGAUGAGGACAUGCCCAGCCCCGUUGGCAUGAGCUUCUUCGGUUUCUUCGGUUACCGUGGCCGUGACGUUUCUGCUGCUCAGUCUAAGGAGGCUGCCAAGGAGAUCGAGGCCCGCUGGGCCAAGGUCCAGAAGGGCGAGGACAUCACCGAGGGUGGUGACAGCGAUGAUGAGGAUGAGGAUGAUGACGAGGAUGGACUCGAGGUUGCCGAGAUCUUCCCCGACGGUGAUGACCUCGCCGUUGCCAUUGCUGAGGACCUCUGGCCCGAUGCGCUCCGCUACUACGUUCAAUCCUACCAGAAUGCCGAUGAUCUCGAAGACAUGGAUCUCGAAAUGGAGAUGGAUGAAAUGGACGAAGAUGAGGAUGAAGAAAGUGAGUCGCGCCCGCGCAAGAAGGCUCGCAACUAA